GGCAAUGCCUAAAAUAAGUGAUCUGCUGUGGGAUUUGGCUGCUUCGGAGGUCCAAAGCAGGGAGAGCAGGACUGGCCAGGAUGAGGAUGCUGAGGAGAAUAACACGUCCUUGAACGAGAGAACAGUGUUUUUCAUGGGCAGUAAAACAGGGGGUAAAACCACAGUUUUGCUCAGAUUUCUUGACAGAGAUGAAGCACCCAAACCAACUCUUGCAUUAGAGUACACUUUUGGACGACGAGCAAGAGGCCACAACACGCCCAAAGAUAUUGCUCACCUGUGGGAACUUGGAGGAGGCACAUCAUUGUCUGAACUUGUUCAGAUUCCCAUCACUGCACAUAAUAUCAGCUCUCUCUCUGUGGUGCUGGUUCUGGACCUGUCAAAGCCCAACACUCUAUGGGGGACGAUGGAGAAGCUGCUUAAUGCAGUUCGGACUCAAGUGGACAAAGUGUGGGCUUUGUCUCAGAAGUCACGGGAGUCUAAAUCCAGUAGACAACUGGGCCAGAACAGAGCCCUACGUGUCCUCCACAAAGAUCACCCGGACAGAGAACUCAUAGAUCCCUUCCCUGUUCCAUUGUUAAUUAUUGGGAGCAAGUUUGACAUUUUUCAGGAUUUUGAAACUGAGAAAAGAAAUGUGAUUUGCAAGACGCUGCGCUUCUUGGCUCAUUUCUAUGGAGCAUCUCUGAUCUUUACCAGCAGUAAGUCUGAGGGCAUGAUGUCAAAAACAAGGGGCUUUGUCAGUCACCUAGCGUUUGGAACAGAAAAGGGGAAAUCCGUCUCUACAGAUCCCAGUAAACCUCUGGUGAUUCCAGCAGGCAUGGACUCUCUCAGUCAGAUAGGUUCACCGCCCACAACAGACAUUGACAUUGGCACUUUGCAUGCCAAAAACCCUCUAGACCUUUGGAAGAAAGUUUUCGAAAGGAUCUUCCCUCCAGAGAGUAUCAGGGCCCAUAAAGAAGUGAAGGAUCCUGCUAAGGACCCCCAGUACAGUGAGCCUCAGAUUGACUCUAUGAGGGCCCAGAAAGACCAGGAGCUGAGUCAGUAUAAGAGAGAACAGUCAAAGUCAUGGAAAGGUCUGGAGUUGGAGACCUAA